AUGUCUACAACUUGGCAGAUGCUACCACUGUUCUUCUGCAAAGCAACUCUCUUGGGCCUGUGCCAGAGUGAAUCCGUUGAAUCGCUGGAUGUAUUUGCUCCGGCAACGAGUCACGAAGCCGCCAAAGUCAACAAUGUCACGCUGCCUCCGCCAGGACUCGUCACAAAAGAGGAAACCGACUUCGACCAGGACCCACUGACACCACAUGCGGCCCCACUUUCGCAACGGAAGCUCUCGAGGGGCAAGCGUUUUGUGGCAUUUCCCGUGGGUUCGUCAGCUUCGGGAGCUGUUUGUCUGACCACUGGUGUCAUCGGCAAUCCCAAUCUUUUGUACCUCAGUUUGGGCAUCAAUUGGGGUGUUGCCUACGACCUGCCCAACGUCACCUGGGUCCUCCAGAAUGCCCAUGGAUGGACCACAAAGAAAUCGGCCAAGGCGCAAAUCAAACGCAGACAUCGACGUGAGCUCUACGGCCGUUUGGAGACAAUGAUAGACAGCCGUGAUUUAUGGCCGCCGCCAACAUUGAUGACUAUGAUGGAACGUGCACCGGAGGACUCCUCUCCGUCAUUCGCCAACACAUCCACAUCGGAAUCUGACUCUGAAUCCAAUUCUGCCACACCAUACUUGGAGCGGUUGCACGACCGUUGGCGUCGCAAAGUACUCAGUCGUCCGAGACGCUAUCUCAGCUUUCCCGAGGGCUCCUCGCUUUCCGUGGCCGUGUGCUUCACCGUCGGCAUCAUUGGCAACCCCAACUACGCCUACAACAGCUUCGGCCUGAACUGGGGCACGGCCUAUGACCUCCCGAACACCUCGUGGGUUCUGCAGAACCUGCACGGCUUUUCCACGCAUCCUGUGGCUCCUGCCGUCCUGCGGCGACGGUCAAGGAGGGCUCUCUACCAAAGGAUUGAGACUAUUAUAGAUAACAUGGGCUACGAUGGACGAAAUUGUAUUUUGAGAACCCUUUGCGAAAGUCGAAAGUACUUCCAGAAAACCAAGAUGAACAUGAUUGGUGAGAUGCUUCGCGUUAUUUUCAGCCUGCCGAAGCAAAGACUUUAUUCACGGGAACUUCACGAAAAUGCGGAUAUAGUUCACUAUGAUCGGGCAUACCGCAAUGGAUAUGAAGACGACUGCCUCCAGUACAACUGUCACUUCUCCUUAAUAGAACUGGCCUUUGGCAAAUACUCGACUCCACCGAAAAAUUAUUACGCAUAAUAAAUACACGAUACU